AUUAUACUGUCGACUAAUAGCAACAUGUCCGUAUUGUCCUAACAAAUUAAAACUGCAAAUGGUCAAAUUUUGAUUUCUUAAAUAAUUUAGCAGAAAUGCAUGGAUGCAGUUCAGUUUUUACAUAUUUUACAGUUCCAAACAGCGAUUAUAUAAUUGUGUCCGCUGGGGGAUUUUUUUUUGAUCGUUUCCUUAAACUUAUUUGCUUGGCCUGGAACUGACAAACCCAGAAAGCAGAGCUCAGAGAUCCUGUUGUCUGCCAAGAUAUCUCCUUGUGUGUAUCAUCAUGAGAAUCCAAGAUAAACUCCCGGGGAGGUCUCUACCAGUGAGGGGUCAACAGCAGUAGACAUGAGGCCCAUAAUGGUUUGGGGUUGAGGGUUAACUGAAACCUCAUUAUGAGCAGCCCCCACCUGGCUCAACUUCCUGAAUUUGUUCGUCAUUCACCCCAUGCAAUGUCUGUGAUCAACGCAUGAACUCCGAGUUGUGAAACAACUGCAGCUUUGGAGCAGCGCCCCUUUCACUGUUCCUCAUCCUGUGCCUUCCCUUUUUUUUUUCUUUCCCCAACUGUCCCCCUCCUUCCCCUGCCAACUCCCCCCAACUCUGAGCUCCUCCUCUGCUCAAAAGACACAUUUCCUGAUGUCAUUACUAAAUCAAAAUGCUGCUCGGCAAACAGAUGUUGUGAGAGGCCCAACGUGUGGAUUCAGUGACAUAAAUGAACAAGUUGGUUGUGGGAGAACAUGUACUGUAGAUUUUAUUUAUUCAUUCAUUUAGUCAUUCUUGAAAUCUGCUUUCCAAAGUGGUGACAGUGAAAAACUAUCUUACAGACGCACUCUGAGCUCCCCGUGACAUAAAACAAAGGUUUCCCACAUUUGUAAGCUUUCUUUACUAGCGUGUAUGUGUAAAUACAGUUGGCCAUUUAAACAGCUUGUCAGCUCUGACUAACAACUUGUUGCAGGUUUGGUCAAAUUAACCCAAAUAUGAAAUCAUGGCUGUCUGCACAGCACACCCUGCAGAGUCAUGAUUACAUCCACCCCAAAACGCUAAGCCCUAAAUGUUUACUUAUGUUUCCUAUUUGGCAGAGGCAGCCCAAAAGGCAAAUAAAUCACAUGCUGUGAGCUGGCCAGGCCUUCGACUGUGAGAAACUGAGACUAAAAAGCAGAACAAGAGUUAAAGAGUAAAGGGUUUUCAGAUGUGAGUCCAGCCCCAGCUUGGGUGUGCUCGCUUUUAUUUGGGAGAAUGGAGAGGACAAUCUUUGUUGCCUCCACCCCUUUAAAAAAGGAAGAAAAUCUUAAAGAAGCGUGUGUUGGAAAGGGGAAGAGCUGCUGCCAAGGCGGAGGGCCAUCAGACAGAUCUUCGAAGAACAUCUGGUAACCGCGGGUAACAUUGUUUGGACAUCUGGUAACCGAGGAUUACACUGCGUCUCUUCCAUCCUGUCGGGUUUCCUGUUAUGCCUCGCUGUACAGAGUCUAAGAAGUUUAGGUUUAUUAUACAUGGUCAUCAGCUGGGGGAAACGUACCUUUAUUCUUUUUUUCUGACAUGAAGCGAGCACUUGGUUUCAUUGGGGUAUUCCUCUCCUUUCUCUCCGAUGUCACUGGACAGUCUUCCUUGCCAUUCGCAGCUUGUGGAAAUAAUUCUCACCAAUGUGUGCAUUUGUGCGGAUUCUGUCAUUAUAACAAUAUCCCAACGAUGGAGUGCCUCCCCAGUCUGUAUGACCAUCUCUGUCUGAGCAAAUUUGAGACUGCAAUGGAUUCACUAAACAGCAGUGAGUGGUGCAUUUGGGGUAAUGUGAACAGUUUGUAUAGCAACCUAAGCCACUGCACGGAGGAGAUAUCCGACUGUCUCCUGAUCCCGUGGCCCAACCCUCUGGUGGAAAUGACCUUUGUGGACAUUCACUCCAGGUUUUUCCAGGACUGUCCUACAGAGGAGCUAAGCGACCCACCACCAGCCAUCAUCUUGGCCCUGGUGAUCACUCCCAUCUGUCUGAUCCCGGUCAUGGUGAGCCUGGUGGUGCUCAAGACCAAAAACGGGGAUGGCAGCUCCUGAUAAUCCAGAAUCUCUGCUCUAAGAUGGACCUUCUCUCCCUUCUCUCCUGGCCUGAGGACUGCUUGUUAACUCGUAGACUGCUGCUAUGCUUCAUAUCCCCACCAGUGACCUUGCAGAGGACUGGAUCUUUCUGGCAGGUUUACUUGCACUUCACAACUCAGAAGAAGUUUGAAUUGAAGAUUGAGAGACAACACCAAUUUAGAGUUAAUGUUCUGUGACAUCACAUUUAUUGCUGUUCAAUGACAAAUGUCUUGAUGUUAAUAGAAACUUGGUGUGGCAAAGUCAAUGUCCUGUGUCCUGUACUAUACUGUAUCUUGUGAACACUUUAGUCAAAAGACUGUGACAAAAGUUUUGUUUUCAACCACUUGACUGGACCAAUGAUUAAACUAUUGUUCACAUCUAGUUUGCACACAAUAUGCAGAAAACAGAGCUUCGUUCAUACUGGAGAAGCCAGUAUUCAGGGUUGUUAUGACAAAAGCUCUGGAGCUUGCAACAAGUAAAGGCAAAAUACUGUAUAUUCAUGUUGACACUACACAUUAUGUAGGACACUGGUUGUGCUGAUAAAAGACAAGGUAAUUUUUUAUUACUGAACUACUUUUUAUAUGCAACUCUCUUUAUUUGCUGCUCAAACUUAACUAUGUAGGGAGACAACAUGCCAGCUCAACUGUUUUUAAGUCUGAAUUAGAUAAACGUGUCCAUGUCCUCUAUGUGUGUGUAGGGAGGACAGGAAAACAAAUUGAGUCUAAUGCAUGGAUCUGGUUAUAUGAGUCAUAGCAUAUGGAAGGUUUGGGGUCAGAGGCUACAGAUGGGACACAAUGAAUGGGUGUGCCCAGAAAAGGAGAUCUCCUGGUAUUGUCUAUUUUUGAAUAGGAAAUCUUCCAUCUGUCCAAACCCUCAUAUCAUCGCGUCAUCUCAUAACGAUAAGCUAAUUGAAGGAAAGUAGACAGAAGACAUUUAAACUGUCUGUGCAGCAUAAUGAUAAACACUGAGCAAUGACAAAAAAGACGAGUGUUAUCUUUGGCCUGAAUCAUGCUAAUGUGGAUAUGUAUUGUUCAGUUUUGACGACAAAGCCAUUGUAAGUGCUUUUAGAUUGGGAACAAAAUGUGUAUUUAUAUGCUUUGUUAUAUUUCUGCUAUUGUCAGGACUAUCGUACUGUACAGUCUGAGCGAAUACAUCCUGCCUGCUCUCACACCAUGUACUGUUUGCAUUUUUAUACACUUUUUUAUUAUUAUCUUUUAAACCAUUAAACCGACUGUUGGAUUGUU